CAGCAGUUCGGUUCAGCCUGUAUCCGAUUUCGAUUCCGGGCGUUCAACGAGGCGGGAACGUCUUGUUUAUCGAAGCAGUUCAGGUUGACCGGGAAAUUAAGACUAUCUAAUGCUUUUAGGGGAGGAGCGUGACGCUCAGGCGAGAAACGCGCGGUCGUUGAUAUCUUUUUCCAGGAGCCGUCCCAUAAAGCUUGGUUCAUGGAGGCUGGAUCGGAGGAGCAUCGGCGAAGUUCGGAGUGGAGAUGGGGAUGGCGAUUGCCGGGUCUGUGCGGCAGCAGGGGACUUUUUGGCGAGGUUCGUUGAGAGGGAGGGAGGCGAGUUCGUGGGACAGAUUGGGGGUUUUAGCCACGAGAGUGAACACGACCUGGCGAUGAUGGUUAGCGAUUUCUUAGAGGAUUGGAGUGGUGGUGCGGAGUCGCGGUAUAACAAUGACAGUGACUCUGGGUUUCCAGAUCCUAAACUUCUGGCGGAGAAUGUUCGGUUCCUUAAAAAUUCUGUCGAACAGAAUGUGACUGCACUGUCAUCAUCUGUGCAGUCUCGUUUGCUUUCAAUAAAUGAUUCCGACUUGUUUUCCUGCACUGGUGGCCAAUGCAAUGGCGGCUGUAUCAGGCAUUCUCUUGUGAAGCUUCUCCGGCUUUCUGGGUUUGAUGCUGCUGUUUGUCAAUCCAAAUGGCAACAUUUUGGCAAAGUCCCAGGAGGUGAUCACGAGUACAUUGAUGUAUUUCUUAGUAGUAAAUCUGGCAUUUCGGAUAGAGUUAUCAUAGAUAUUGAUUUUCGAAGCCACUUUGAAAUAGCCAGAGCAGUUAAAUCUUAUGAUAUAAUCCUGAAUUCCCUGCCCGUCAUGUACGUUGGCUCCAUGUCCAAGCUGAAGAAAUUUCUUCAAAUUAUGGUCGACGCUGCAAAAUUUUCUCUUAAUCAGAACUCCAUGCCGCUGCCUCCAUGGAGGUCACUUCCAUAUUUGCAGGCGAAGUGGCAAUCAGAAUAUGAAAGGAAAUCUUUCUCAGAUGGGCAGAGCAACACUCUAUUUGAUCCCUCUGAUCAUAAACAGUGCAUUGGUCAUCUGAGGAGGCUUAAAUCAUCCCUUCAGUCGGAGAUCGCUGGAGAGAGGCUUCUGAAACCCAUCACUAAUGACAAGAAGAGGACGGAGAAGUUUGAGCGGCAACAAUCUAUUCUUAGUGGCUAAUAAUGAAGCAGUCUUGAGUUCAGUCAGCCAUUUUCCAGCUCUUUCUGGAAUAAAUAAUAAGGUAGAGGAUCAAUAAACUGCCAAAUUUUUUUUCGCGGCAGCAGUGCGGUUCAAAUCGGUUUGCAUUUGCAUUACUCGAUUUUUGCUGAUUUGCGUUGACAGAAAAUUUAUAGAUUAUAUAGAGAAUAUAAUAUGUUUUCAUUUUUUUUCUACUUUUUUGCUUGGCAUGUAUUACCCAAGGCAGUGGGAACUAAGAAGAGUUCCCCCGUGCAAAGCAGAGAAAAUUUGAUAAUUUUUAUGUUAAUGAAGAUUAAAUUUGUGGAUU